AGGAGCCAAUGAGGAUCUGGGGGCGGGUAUAAAAGACUGCGAGCCGCUUUAAUCCGCAGCAGCAGCACGGACCCGCUCCAGAGCCGCAUCCCGCACACCGAACCACAGGCGAGCAGCCCGGACGUCAUCAUGCCUUUUGGAAACACCCACAACAAGUUGAAGCUGAAGUACACGGCGGAGCAGGAGUACCCUGACCUCAGCCAGCACAACAACCACAUGGCCAAGGUGCUCACGUCCGAAAUGUACGCCAACCUGAGGGACAAGGAGACGUCCAGCGGAUUCACCCUGGACGAUGUCAUCCAGACUGGCGUUGACAACCCAGGUCAUCCGUUUAUCAUGACUGUGGGCUGUGUGGCUGGAGACGAGGAGACGUAUGAAGUGUUUAAAGACCUGAUGGAUCCAGUGAUUGAAGACCGCCAUGGAGGAUACAAACCAACAGACAAACACAAGACGGACCUGAACCCUGACAACCUCCAGGGUGGAGAUGAUCUGGAUCCAAACUAUGUGCUCAGCUCUCGGGUUCGCACAGGACGCAGCAUUCAUGGCUUCUGUCUGCCGCCACACUGCAGCCGUGGAGAGCGACGCACUAUUGAGAACCUCUCCAUUGAAACUCUGGCCUCCUUGGAAGGAGACCUGAAGGGGAAGUACUAUGCUCUGAAGAACAUGACCGAGGAGGAGCAGCAGCAACUCAUUGAUGACCACUUCCUGUUUGAUAAGCCUGUGUCCCCGCUGCUGCUGGCGUCCGGCAUGGCCCGCGAUUGGCCCGACGGCCGUGGCAUCUGGUCAGUAUGUCACCCUACAAGUGGAGGUGCAGGGGUGGGGGGGUAUAAUGAAGUAUUGGUUUGGAAAAAUAUGACUCCAAAGCCAGAAAUUGAUUUAAAUUAACCUGAUUCUAACAGAAUGAAGAAAUGCUGAGAGAGAAUAAACUUUGAGCUAGAGUGUCUCAAAUAUGUCCUUUUUCUGAACAAACACCAGUUUAAAAAUAACUGUAAUGAGAGACAGAAUAAAAAAAAUAACCGAGUCGAGGUCAAAGUUCAGAACAAAAAAUACUGACUCAGAAUGGAAGAUUCAUGCAUUCAUAAAAACAGAUGUAGGUGUAAUAAAAAAAGGUGAGUCUGAUUGAAUAGAGGUAAAAGUUGGAAAGAUUAAUAAAAAAAAAAAGUGACCAGAAAUAAGGAAUAAACAUCAGUUUGCUCAUGGAAUAAAGAAUCGCAGCAGUCCUUGGUCGUAGUGUCAAGCUCACUGAACAUCCACCCAACCACCACAUCCACCCCUGUAGACGGCUUCAUGUUCAGCAGGACUCAAAAAUCAAAACAAGAUUUUUACUGUUGUUUGUAUUGUUUGUUGUGUUUUUUUUCCACAGUGCACCUUUAAAUUUAGACAGAAAAAUUGGGUAUUGAACAUCAUCUGACCUGCUCUGGAAACUUCAGGUUUCUGCAGCUUAUUUUCAAAUCAACCAGUGCUGAACAAGUGCCUCUUAAAAACAUGAUAAUUUAAUAUAUCUAAUAAAUACAUAAGUCUUUAUUUUUUUUUAUUGAAAAAGUGAUAAACAAGUCUCAAUUUAAGCUGUAUUAAAGCCAGGUCAUAGCAUUUGUAUUAAACACUGUUUUAAAAGCAGAUUUGAAGCAGCAGGAACCCAUUGAAAGCUUUCAAAUCUUCAACCUAGAGCAACUGGUUAUAUGAUCCGACUGAUCUUAAAGGAACGUGAAACUAUCAAAGAGACUGCUGGGAGUUUAAACGAUUGGUCUAAAGUGAAAAGGUGGGUGUCAUCUGCAUAGUGAAUUAAAAGGGAUGAGAUGGGGAGCCAUGCUUUCUGAAGCAAGUAGAAUGAAAAAGAGCAGGACCCAGAAUGGAUUCAAGAGGGACUGGGUCAUAAACAACCAGAGAAGCAUCCUUCCAAAAGUUAUUUUAGCAUUUGGUAUUUUAGAGCAGCUGAAUG